AUGGCUCGCUUAACCAUCCGUGCAAGUUCGCGACGGCCAGUAUGGCAAACAACUAUAUUAAACCCUCAACCGAAGGUCAAAAUACGUUGGGACAGUCUCUACGCGGAGGCCCGACUAGAAAUACUCGACUUUGUCGUCCACUCCACCAUCCAUGAGAAAGGCUCCAUCGCACAAUAUGCCAGCGUAUCCCGAGAAUGGCAAGAGUGGUUCGAGAUAUUCACAUUCAAGCGAGUAGAAAUCUCACCAUCCAAUAUCAUGCCAUUCACAUCCGCGUUCAUGAAUCUCCGCCGCCGAAAGUACCUCCAAUACAUUGGCGUCAAACUCGAUCUUCCGGUUCACAAACACAGUCGAGAUCCGUUUCUUGAUCGCGAUGAAUUCGCGAACGUACAUCAGCAAAUGCAAACUCUUUCACAGAUGGAUCCUCUGCUGUAUUGCAAUUAUUCAUGGCCGAGAUUUCAAAGGGAGAAUUCAUGGCUGAAACAUAAGGUGGAGGAAAACAACCGUGCUUUCACGAUUGUUUUGCGAGGCCUGUUUAUGGAGCUUUUCCAGUGGAGAAGAGGGGAUUGUCAUCACGAGGGCAUUGAGCUGGAGAUCAUUGCUGAUACCAAAAGCCAUUGGCAGAAGACUGCGGAAGAGUACCGGGCACUCAAUCCUCCCAGCGACACUGGCAGUGGGGACUUUCAUAACAGUCUGUCAAGUGAGCUCCAGAUCUUUCAUGCCCCUCCGUACCACGGACAUGAAAUGCUGCACGAUGGCGAGCUGGACUUUAGCUUUUGGCUAGAGCUAGACGUGCAUUUCGGAGGGACGCUGGGUCCUGAGGUCCAUGUCAUCUCGGGCCUAUCGAUCCUUCGACGAAGUGUUCGUCACUUUGACCCGGAAUUUAUUGCUCACAUUGUAAGCCUACUUCCGCGACAGAGGGAACUUCGAUGGGAGGUUAGACCACAUGCGCAUUGGCGAACUGAGCAUAAGUUCCAUAGUCAGCUGCAAAAACUGCUAAAGACCUUGAAUCCGGCUAUGGCCAAGGUCAGGAUCCAACAGCAACCCACGUCGAAACCGCUCAACAGCCCAAGGCCCUCUGUGGACCGUCCAAGUCUUGGUGAUCGUCUGAUCCUAUCAUGUCCAUUUCUUACCAACAUGUACUUAGACAUUAAAGUUGACAUAACGAAAUUUUUCCGCAUGCGUUAUCAUUUGCAGAAUGUUCAGAUUAUGUGCGUCCGGACUCAUCAGGCAUUACUUGACGAACUCCCCAACAACUCGAAUGUGUUGUUUGGCCAUAUUGGCAGGGAAGUAUCCAGGAUGCCAAAGCUCAGCGCUCUAUGUGUCUUUAACAAAACAGACACUGAAGCUUGCGCUGUUAACUUUGUUGUGGAGCGUGAUAGCUUUCAAGUUAUUGCCCACUGCAGUUGGCCAUUUAAUAUCAGAGAUGAGACCAAGGCCCGCUGGAGAAAGGCUGGGAGACAUCAGCCAGGCAAUUUGGUUUGGUUGGCAGCGCAGAGCUCGUACGACACUGUUAAACAUGAGAUCAUGUUGCAACAGCAGUGGCAUAGUAGUCUCUGCUGA